CCCCCACCCCCCCGGACUGUUUCCCUGGGUGGACAGACUCGGAUGCUUACUUUUUGAAAAAAGUGAAAUGAUUUGGAGGGCUUGAUGCUUUGAGUUCUGCAGAUGUGAGAGGAAAGCAGUCUCCUGAUGCUGCAGUCUGGAGAAAGCACAGCGUGACUGCCCAUUGGUGUGUGUGGUUUCCAGGUGAUCUGCAGCACUCUCGUUUGGCUUUGUCACCUGCCAUCCUAACUUGGAUGCAAACUGUGGAGCUGGGUCCUGUUCACCUAAGCUCUGCAGAGAUACGGAGAGAAUUUCAGGUCCCUGGCACUGAUCCUGUUGUGAUUUGCUGUAACGUUUCAGUUCUUGCAGUUUGGUCAAGUGAUCUCAGGUCCUCUCUCAGUUUCUUUUCCUGCUACCGUAGCCUUUGUGCCACCCUUUCUAGGUGGUCAGCUCAGGGCUUCCUCAGCCCAUGCAGUACUCGGCCACCACAGCUAAGGGCCUCAAUGGCCCCCUCUUUGGGGCCUACCCUUUCCCUCCCUUCAAGUUCCAGCUGCGCUCUGAGAAUGUGGACUGGAGGCGCAUCAGUGCACUGGAUAUGGACCGUGUGGUGCGAGAGCUGGAUGUGGCCACCCUGCAGGAGAACAUCAUUCAUGUCACCUUCUGCAGUUUGGACCAGGAGGUGUGCCACCGCUGCGGGCAGCCUUUGGACCCGGCAUUGCUCAAGUUGGUGCGCUUGGCCCAGCUCAUCAUUGAGUACCUGCUGCACUGCCAGAAUUGCUUGAGUACCAGCAUCACCCAGCUGGAGUCCCGGCUGCAGGCUAGCCUUAGCCAGCAAGAGAAGGGCCGGCAGGAGCUGGAGCGCCAGGCCCAGGAGUUCAAGAGCGUGAAAGAGGAGAGCCGCCAGCGCCGCAAGUUGAUCAGCACCCUGCAGCAGCUGCUCCUACAGACUGGGGUCUACAGCUAUCACCCGUGCGACCUGUGUGACAAGGCAUUCACGAAUGUCACCUUUCUCCAGGGCCACAUGCAGCGCAAGCAUUUGAACAUGGCAGAAGGUGCGAAGCAGAAGCCAGAGCGGCUGUUGGAGGAGGACGUGUUGGAAGAGCUGCGGGCCAAGCUAAAAUGGACUCAAGAGGAGCUGGAAGCCCAGAGGGAGGCAGAGAAGCGCCGACAGCUGCAGGAAGCAGAGGUCAGCCAUCAGAAGGAAAUAGAAACUAAGAAAAAAUUUGAUGAAUGGAAAGAAAAGGAGUGGGCCAGCCUAUAUGAAGAAAUAGACAAGUUUAAAAGAUCAUUAUGGGAUGAAUUUAAAAGUGUUGCCAAACAUAACUCUAUGCUAGAAGAGAAACUGCAGAUGCUGCAGUCCCAGUCCCACAGUAUGGUGGAGGCUAAUAUCAAGUAUCGGCUGGAUAAGUCUGGGGAGCAUUUCAAGCAGAGUCAGGAGAUCCAGGCCCUGAAGGAAAAAGUGGACAUUCAGGAGAAACUCAUGCAGACUCAGGAGGUCGAGGUCCUGAGGGAGAAGACAGACAUUGAGAAACUGCAGAUGCUGCAGUCCCAGUCCCACAGUAUGGUGGAGGCUAAUCUCAGGUUGCUUCUGGAUGAGUCUCAGGUGCAAGUCAAGCAGAGUCAGGAGCUCCAGGCCCUAAAGGAGAAGAUGAUCAUUCAGAAAACAGAAUGGAAGAGAAAAAUGAAGGAACUACAGAAAGAGCAUGCAGCUCAGAAGCGAGAGCUGCAGGAGCAAAAGGAAAGGCUCCAGGCCUACAUGUUUGAGGAUCAGCAGAAAGCAGCUGCCCAGUCCCAGCAGCAAAUCAAUGCUCUCCACGACCAGCUCCAGAAAUAUGCUAGUUGCAUUGCCUCCCAGAAGCAGACGAUUUGGACCAUGUCUCUCAGGAAGAAGGAGGGGACCUGUAAGGGCCCAAAGGCUGUGGAACCAGAAGACUCUUCCAGUGAGGAUCUGAAGAACUCCCGAGGUGACCAGCAGAAGAUGCUGGCAUCUCUGAGGCCAGACCCCACCCUGCUGAAGGUCAGGUCAAUCCUGGAGAAAACCCUGGAAAAGAAGCUGGAAAUCAUGGGGAUAGCGAAAAAUAAAAAGAGAAUCUCCACUAAAACUCUCCAGCAACUCAAGCCCUUCCUGAGAUUCCAGCAGGUGCAGAACACACAGAAAUAUUCUGAAUUUCUGAGUCUGAGGGUACAGUUUGACAAAGAAGUCACAAGCAAAGCGAAGAAGAAACAGAAAAAAGAAAGGACCCUGAGAUUCCAGCUGGACACCAAGGCUCCAGCAUUCUGGAACCUCCCUUCAGGCUCGAGGACCCACAUGGUCAUGCCCUGGAACUUAUUCCUAUGUGUGUUUCUAGUAAAAAGGCAGCAGAGCCCCAAGGUCAUCAAAGAGGCCCAGCCAAAGCCAAAGCCCAAGACCCGUCCUGUGGCAUUGGCAUCCAGGCGGGCAGAGGUACCCGUGAAAACUCGUCAGAGCCUCAAAGGCCAUGGCCCCGGCUUGGCUCAGGUACCUGCCCCAAUUCUACAUCAGAGAGCGCACGGACACUUCGGCUCCCCUGCGUCCCAGAGGCCUGGGCUAAGUACGUCCCCAUUCAGUUUGGAAGAGGACUCAGAAGGAAAUUCUGAGGAGCGGACAUUUCUCCAGCCCCAACAAGAUACUUACAGGAAGAGGCCCCAGUCACGGGCUAGCUGGGGCUACUCUGACAUUGAGAGUUUGAAGGAGAGUCCCCAACCCCCUGACAAGAGCUCAGGUGGGCUGGCUUCCUCAGCAUUCUGGAACCUCCCUUCAGGCUCGAGGGCCCACAUGGUCAUGCCCUGGAACUUAUUUCUAUCUGUGUUUCUAGUAAAAAGGCAGCGGAGCCCCAAGGUCAUCAAAGAGGCCCAGCCAAAGCCAAAGCCCAAGACCCGUCCUAUGGAAUUGCCAUCCAUGGUGACAGAGGUACCCAUGGAAACUCUUCAGAGCCCUGGCCUGACUCAGGUACCUGCCCCAAUUCUACAUCAGAGAGCACACGGACACUUCGGCUCCCCUGCGUCCCAGAGGCCUGGGCUAAGUACGUCCCCAUUCAGUUUGGAAGAGGACUCAGAAGGAAAUUCUGAGGAGCGGACAUUUCUCCAGCCCCUACAAGAUACUUACAGGAAGAGGCCCCAGUCACGGGCUGGCUGGGAAUGCUCUGACAUUGAGAGUUUGAAGGAGAGUCCCCAACCCCCUGACAAGAGCUCAGGUGGGCUGGCUUCCUCAGUAAAAAGGCAGCGGGGCCCCAAGGUCAUCAAAGAGGCCCAGCCAAAGCCAAAGCCCAAGACCCGUCCUGUGGAAUUGCCAUCCAUGGUGACAGAGGUACCCAUGGAAACUCUUCAGAGCCCUGGCCUGGCUCAGGUACCUGCCCCAAUUCUACAUCAGAGAGCACACGGACACUUCGGCUCCCCUGCGUCCCAGAGGCCUGGGCUAAGUACGUCCCCAUUCAGUUUGGAAGAGGACUCAGAAGGAAAUUCUGAGGAGCGGACAUUUCUCCAGCCCCUACAAGAUACUUACAGGAAGAGGCCCCAGUCACGGGCUGGCUGGGAAUGCUCUGACAUUGAGAGUUUGAAGGAGAGUCCCCAACCCCCUGACAAGAGCUCAGGUGGGCUGGCUUCCUCAGAAACACUCGUGCAGUCAAUAGCCAAAAACUUUGAGCAAGAGCUAGAGGUUCCAGUGAAGAAGCCUGAUGGAGGGAUCAAGCUGUUCUUGAAGUCCAAACGUGGGCCCCAGAGCGCUGCUGUGCCAGAAACGAAGCUUCAGCUUUCUGAUGAUGAGAGUGACUUGUCUUCCUUGAUAGAAUUCUUCAAGACCCGGGGCCAGAAAGAAGAAAUGAAGCCACUGGAGAUGUUUAGCACCAGCCCUUGGAGCCCUAUGUGACCCAGGGUCCCUGGCUGGUGAUCCUGCCUCAGAGCCUCGCUGAGGCUAUCUUAGGGCUCCCCCAAGAGAAGAGGCUGCUGGGCCUCUUGUCUUCACCAGUAACCAAGAAGUCUUCUCCUUUGCAGAGAAGCACAGCAGAAGGUAGAUAGAAUUUCUUCCCUCCUGCCUGUGAGGGAUCCUGUUCCAGAGCCCCAGGGGUGCCUGGCUGGGUGCCCCUGGGUCCCUUGGCUUGAGGAAAGUUUAUAAUGAGCAGUUUCCUUUCCCGACCUCCAUGUGCACUCCAGACUGAAGGACCCACUUGAUCUUUAGUCCCUGGCAUUUUGUAAAUCUGUGGGAACACUGUAUAGAUGAGUCUUACAGUAUAUGGUGUCCUUUUGGGGACACAUGCCUCAGUCAUUUACUGAAUGCUUGCUCUGUGCCAGGACCUUCAGCCUCUCCCUGCCAAAUUGGGGGGCUGUCAGAGGUGACUCUGACUGGAAUGGAAGUACUUGGUAAUCGUCUAGUCACAGAGAUUAGGGUGUUAUGGGAGCGUAGCAUGGACUACCCAGUGCAGCCAGGGAUGAUCUUACACAGACUCUAAGACCUGAUGUCUGGCUAUGCUUCCGCAUGGGCAGGAGGGAAGGAGAGCCACCUAGCUGGGGCCUCCUGCUUAAGGGACCACACAUUUAAUGUUUGAUAUUAUUUCCAAAAUUAGAUUAUAUAUGCAACCAUAUGUAUUUUUUUAAUGUGAAAAGCACUUAUUUAUUAUAUGUGAUCAUUGAAAUAUAGCACAAAGGUUUUAA